UGGUUGAAACACUGGGACACCUUUAAAACCGCUUGCGGGGUAAAUAGAGUUUCAUGGUUUUGGUCUGUUUUAGGCUAUAAAACCUUCUAUAAAUUGGAAUUUCCUUUCGACUUGGUGUAUUAAAGACGAAGAAAACAUGUCGGAGGUGCUGCCUUACGAGGAAAACAUAACUCGUUACGGUAACGAUGGAGACGAGGAGCAAAUGUCGCUCACCUGCCGCCUGCAAAACACAAACAACUUCUAUGGGACGCCACAGAAUAAACGAGCACCCAAACUCGGACAAAUUGGAAGGAGUAAACGAGUCGUCAUUGAAGAUGACAGAAUUGACGAAGUCCUUCAAAACACGACAGAAAAAUCACCAGCCAAAGAGUAAAAAGUGGAGGAUGUUUCUGUGUCGGAUACUCACAUCUGCAUAAAAGCACUUUGCAGUGCGUCUCUCUCCAGGAUGGCUUGAAUUUCACAGCACACGAGGAGAGCACUGAUGCAGACUUCCAACCAUGAAAAGCUGGAGUCUGAUGGACAUUUUUUUCUCCCGGGCAUGUUUGUUUCAAGUGUUUUUUAAAUCUCUCUAAAGAUCUGAGAUCAGUCCAGUGUUGUUCUAUACUUAUGGGAUUGCUCGUUAGUAAAGUUAAUAUUGUGUUGUAAGAAUGCAAUGACAUCAAAAAGCACAAAUCACAACUGCUGGUAACUCUUGAAGCAAUUUCACUCUGGACACAUUUUUUAAGCGUUUUUAAAGACGCACUUGAUGCGCAUUCUAUUCUGAAAUGAUGCUUCCGUUUAACUCAGCAUUUCAGUCCACACCAGCUGCAUUUGUUUACAUCUUGUGCAUUUUUUUUACUUGUGUACAUAAGUAAAGCAUAAACUCUAUAGACAAUAAUUUUAGCACUUAAAUCAUUAUAAAACUGCAUUUGGAUUGGAUUUUCUUGUAGUUCAUUGUGACGAUUUCUAAUACAUCCUGGGUCAAUUAUAUACAUUUCAGAGUUUGAUUCUUAGCAAUGCCACUAGUCUGGAUUGUAAACAUCUAAAAAUUUGUUUUAAUAAUGUAAAGCCCAAACUGCCACAGAUUGAACGAACUCAAGCACUACAUGAUGUGCUUGUGAGCUUAUUGUAAUGUAAAAUAGACUAUCAUCAUUUAAAUGAAAACUAUAUAAAAUACUGUUGCUGAUAUUUAUGUCUUUGGAUAUUUGCAAAAAACAGACCACAGGCUUUUCCACAUUAACCCUGCUAUACACCAAAUUGUUUCCACUGCUCUUUGAAUGCACACUUUGGUGCAUUAGAUGUUAAACAAAAUAUCAUACAACAAUAGCAACAUUGCAGUGUUUCCACAGAUCUGAAAUAAUCCUGCGACUGUGGUGAAGUUUUCUUUUUGGUGAGGCUGUAGUUGGGAAGUAUGAGAUCUGUGUUUUGUAUAUAGGGUUAUAGUUGGGUUUUUUUUUUCAAUUCCUUCCUGAAAGAGAUAUAUCUAUUAAAUUAGUAGACACAUACUAGCUUAGAGGUGCAUAUACUCGCCUACGUAUAAACUUUGUGGAGAAGAAAUUUCUAAGCCUAAUUUACAUUUACAUUUUCGGCAUUUAGCAGGCGCCUUUUUUGUUCUAUACUUAUGGGAUUGCCCGUUAGUAAAGUUAUUAUUGUGUUGUAAGAAUGCAAUGACAUCAAAAAGCACAAAUCACAACUGCUGGUAACUCUUGAAGCAAUUUCACUCUGGACACAUUUUUUAAGCGUUUUUAAAGACGCACUUGAUGCGCAUUCUAUUCGGAAAUGAUGCUUCCGUUUAACUCAGCAUUUCAGUCCACACCAGCUGCAUUUGUUUACAUCUUGUGCAUUUUUUUACUUGUGUACAUAAGUAAAGCAUAAACUCUAUAGACAAUAUUUUAGAAUAGAAGAAAUUUCUAAGCCUAAUUUACAUUUACAUUUUCGGCAUUUAGCAGGCGCCUUUUUCCAAAGCAACUUACAUUACAGUUACAGUAUACAAUCAACGCAAUUAAGGGUUAAGGGCCUUGUUUAAGGGCCCAACAGCAGCAACCUGGCAGUAGUGGGGCUUGAAACGGCAUCCUUCUGAAUACUAGUCCAGUACCUUAACCACUAGGCUACGGCUUGAAUUUGAAGAUGCUGACGAAUUUUUUAAAAUGUAAAAUUUAAAUUCUUUGUUCAUAAGUUACAAACUCAUUUUUACCAACGUGUAAAAACAUAAUAAUCACAAGGACGAUAGUAGUUUUCUCUCCCACAGUCUAAUUUUACAUUUAAAAAAAAGUCUUUUGGAUUGACAGGCCCAAUCUUUCUGUAUCUAUAUUGACUUUGUAUAAAACGGAUUCUCGUUGCCUGUAGCAUGUAGGCAGUGCACUUGAGCAUCUGGUGUGGAUUUUGAUUUCAACACAAUGUUUAUGUGAAGCAUCCUGUAUUAAGUCUGUAGAUAUAUUUAUUUUCAUUUUUUUUUCAUCAGACAGGGACAUUUUUCUGUAUCUUGCAGCAAUUUGUGCACAAUUGAACUGUGAACUUAAGUGAUGUUUUACACAACAAUGAAAUCUCUAAUGGUUUAAUCUUUUGGUAAAUUUUUUGCAGCGCUGAAUGGCUCAGCAAACGUUUUUAUAGACAAACGAUCGAAAACCUUUUGUAAAAUGAACCGUUGAUGUUGCUAAUUGUAACUUUUGUUGUUGCUCUGAACUGCUGCAUGCGCCCAUGGUGCAUCGCUUAUUUUUGUAUGAGGAAUUAGUUUCUGAACUGGAUUGUAGUUUUAGCACUUUUAAUCAUGGUUGUCAAUUUCUGCUGUACAGGAUAUGAUCACAUUUUGUGCCAAAUCUUGCAAAAGUAUGCCAGUCGCUGUGUUCUGCGUACUGUGAAAUUCCGCACACCUGCCCGUCCUGUCUGUAUCAGGGCUUUUCUAACUGCUUUUGCAUGAGACAGGCUGGAGUGCCUCGCUAUGUGGCAGUGAAACUGGUGUACUUUGAGUUAUCCUGUAUUUUUUUCAGCUUUGGAAUGACAGACCUGACACUUUUUCUAAAUAUUACAUAUAGUGUAUGUUGCACUUUGUAUUGUUGAACAGGGCUAUCUUAAUAAUGAAAGUAUGACCAAUAAAAUGUGAUUAUAUAACAAAA